GUGACGUCCAGAGGAAGUAAAACUAAAGGCUCCAGCAGCAGCUUGUUUGGACUCAGCUGGAAGACGGUUGUGUUUUCGUAUCUCAGCUGAAUAUUUCAGUAGUUUCAGUAACAAUGUCUUCAGUUCAGCAUCUGAGAGAGUUUAUCAGAGAGCGACUAACUGCUGCUGCUGAAGAAAUCUUCUCAGAGGUUGAGAAAACCAUCGUCCGCUACGAGGAAGAGCACAAAAUAAUGGUUAUCAACUGGAAGCCACAAAUAAAGCUCAACAGAAUCGACCUCCAAAAGCCACAGGUCUCCAGUGAGAAGGAAGCUUCUGCCAUCCACAAGCUCUGUAACCAGGGCAGAAGGUCCAGUCAUGACCAGGAGGUAGCAGAACAUCAAUGGACUGAGGAGGAACAGAUGGAACCAGAUCCUCCUCUGGUUUAUAGACAAGGGGAAACAGGAUCUCCAUGUGUGAAAGAGGAAGAGGAGGACCUAGAACCUCCACUGCUUGAAGAGGAAAAUGGGAAACCAGGGCAUCCAGGAGCUAAAGAGGAACAUAUUGAACCAGAACCUCCAGUGAUUGAAGAACAGGAGGAACCAGAACCUCCACUGAUUGAAGAACAGGAGGAACCAGAACCUCCACUGAUUGAAGAACAGGAGGAACCAGAACCUCCACUGAUUGAAGAACGGGAGGAACCAGAACCUCCACUGAUUGAAGAACGGGAGGAACCAGAACCUCCACUGAUUGAAGAACGGGAGGAACCAGAACCUCCACUGCUUGAACUGCAGGAGGAAUCCGAAUGUCUACUGAUGGUAGAAGAUGAGGAUCUAGGUUCUUCAAGGCUUAAACCUGAACAGCAGGUACCUAAGCAUUUUCCAACCAGACAGGACCAGAACCUUCACAGCUGUCAGGAGGGAGAGCAGCUUGUCCAGAAGCGGUCCGUUGCUUUAAUGGAGACUUCUACUCUUCAGGAAGGUGACUUGAGUGAAGGAGAACCAAGACUGUUUUCUUGUAAAACGUGUGGGAAAAGUUUUAAUAGACGUUAUCACUUAAGUUUACACCAAAAAAUCCACACUGGGGAGAAACCUUUUUCUUGUGAGACAUGUGGAAAAAGGUUUUCUAGACUUAAUGUGUUAAAGGUUCACCAGAGAACCCACACAAGUGGAAGGACUUUUUCUUGUGAGACAUGUGGAAAAUGUUUUAUCCAAAGUACACAUUUGAAUAAUCACAAGAGAACUCACACUGGAGAGAAACCUUUUUCUUGUGAGACAUGUGGAAAAAGUUUCUCUCAAAUUGGUCAUUUAAAUAUUCACAAGAAAGUUCAUAAAGAUGAGAUGUCUUUUUCUUGUAAAACAUGUGGAAAAGGUUUUUCUAGGCGUAGUGAAUUAAAUAUACACCAGAGAAGCCACGUAGUGGGGGGGCCGUGUUCAUGUGAAAUAUGUGGAGAAAGCUACUGUGAUGUCGUGGAUCUGAAUUUCCACGUGGGACAAAAACACAAAGUGAUCAUUGAUUGGUCCCAGCCAUGGAUUUAGAACAAUCACUGAGCUACACAAACAAAACAGACUGGGGAGAAAAUGCAGAAUGCCCGGCAGUAACCUCUUUUCAGAACAGCCCAAUGAAUAAGGAUCCGAUGUUUGUGUACCGGACAACAUAAGACUAGUCGCCUUCGCCUUUCUUUCUAAGCCAGAGAUUCACAAGGAAGAGACUCUCUCUGAUGGAAGCGGUUUUCCUCGCUGCCUGAAGAGGACUGCAUCGACACUACAGCUCUGUGGGCUUGACACAUACCGCAGAAACUAGUCCCACCGCUAGACCGAAAGCAGCCUCCUUUGUUCAAAGCUUCUCAUUGCGUCCUUCGGACCUCCUGGACAGAGAAAAUUUGUUCUUUUUAUCUUGCUGUGUUUGUGGUGCUACAAGCUAAGCCAUUCGAGUGCCAACAGCGUACCUAGCCAUGAUACUUUAAACUUGGUUCGGUUGUAUUUUAAAGUUACGACAAGCUUUACUUCAAUGAGUGGUUUAAACACAGAUCAGCCGUAAGGCGCCACCAGCACUCAUGCGUAUAAAUAUCUGUAUUAAUGAUACCCGGUCACAUGUGUGACUAAAAGGGUUGCUAAAGUAAGCUUUCUCCUUUGUGUUUAACUUAACCGCUAGCUCCAGAUGUGACGACAUCAUUCGUUCAUUCGCCAUCUUGUGAGAGGCCGUAAACGUUCUGCGUUGCCAAUCUGUUCCUUGUGACGGUUGAUUAGACAACAUUAGGAAUCAAUUGUUCAAACGGUUCUUGAUUUCUAAUUCAGCUUUUAAAACAUUUUAUUGGGACAAUAUUUUAUUUACCCGUCUGAUUUGCAUUGUGAACAGCUUGUUUAAACACAAACAAGCUGGUGUUUCUAAUCAGAGGAGGGACCAAGUCAUCACUUCCAAGUCACAAGAAAGUCUUAAGUCAAAACUGGCAUGUCUCAAAUCGAGUCACAAGUCAUUAGUUUUCAAGUCACAAGUCUUUUCUAAUUUAAGUCAAAGUCCACAUCUAUGUUCUUAGUUAGUUUGAUCUCACUCACAAAUUCUUCAAAAUACACUUUGCUUCUUUAACAUAAAUAUCAACUGUGCUGUUGCAUCAUUUUAUUAUUUCUUUGUUUCAGUUUAUUUUUUAGUUUAAUACGUUUCCUUUUUUGCUUAGUCGGUUUAGUUGAUUCUGACUGGAGUUUGUUGAUGGAAAUAUUUUCACUUGGAAUCGCAUUAGUCUGUAAAUAAAUGUUUAUACUACAGAAA